AUGCAUGCAAACUCCGAAAAUGUCUCCAUACGAAGUACCGAGCGUCAACGCAAGGCACAAUCACUAAAUGUGGCAACCCAACCGGAUCCCGUGAAUCCAGACUCGCCUUCAAGCUCACCGCCACAAACCCCAGACUCGCCGAAAAAAUCACGGCCAAUAUCCCUGUUCGUACAUCCACAAGAAAGAAUGGCAAAUUCGCCGUCGGAACAAACGAUCGAUUAUUCGGCUCCACCGCUGGACGGUUCGCCUGCCAAUUACGUGCCGUUUUCGUUUGCUCCUGCAGUAAGCUCGGAAGUUGACGUUGCUUCGUUAAGCUCGUCCAGAACUGUAGAUACGAAUCAAAGUCAAACAUUUGAUCAAGAAAGCGUGUCUUCUGAUACUGCCGAACGAGAGAAUGAAUCACAAGGCUUUGUUAAAUUACUUUGUGAAAUUGAUGGUGGACUUGCGGUCGCUCUCAAACGAGCAAAACAAGCUGCACUCUCGGCCAAAGCAUGUAUAACUUUUUUUGCUCAACAAGAGGCGGCCACUUUCUUGAAAAAAAGAGCUUCAAUUGAGGAUGAAUAUGGAAGAAUGAUGAUAAAGCUGGCAAAAAGUAUUCAAGAAAGUCAUCACUUGAAUGACACGAAACGAGGUUCAUACGGUGAUAACUGGGUUAAUAUAAUGAGACUACAUGAGUCGAUCGGUGAAAAUCGGGUAAAAUUUGCGGCUGCCAUCCAAGAGAUAUCAGAGGAAGUAUCCAUGUUGUAUAAGGAGACCGAGAAAAGUCGAAAGAAUCUUAAGGACUCCGGGCAAAAAUAUGAAAGAGGGAUCCAAGACGCCGAGCAAGCUCUAGAAAAGGCCAAAGUAAAGUAUGAAACGCAUAGUGAAGAUUGGGAGCGUAUAAUAUUACAAAAGAACGGCGACACGGUCCCGAACACGAAACCUAGAACCUUAACAAAAGUAUUUUCCAAGCAGCCAAAGACACCAAUGCAGUUGAUAAAAUUGGAAGAGGACGCUAGGAACAAAGCAGCAAUCGCAGACGACAGUUACAAGUACCAGCUGUCGCUUGCAAACACGGCCAGACAUGAAUACUAUGAUAUACAUCUACCGCGUAUAAUCACGGCUCUAAAAGAUAUUUCCGAUGAAUGCGACAUAGGAAUCCAAUAUCAUCUGGCACGUUACGCUUAUCUUUUUGAAAAUACCAUGGUGAACGACGCACUGGUGAUAAGUCCGGUUAGUCCGGAAGAUGGACCGGUGUUACGAAGGUUGGUCGAACAAAUCAACAAUGAAGAAGAUUAUAGUGUAUAUGUUCAAUCGCAUAUCUCCAAGGCCAAGAAAGUCCGAAAUUCAAAUAUACCGUAUGACCAAUAUAAUAUGUCUGAACAAGCCAUUAACAUCAUAAAACCGAGGAAUACGUUUGGGGUUGAUCUAGCUGAACAGAUGCAAAGGGAUGGUGUUGAGAUUCCCCUGAUUUUGGUAAAGUGUGCGGAGGCGAUUGAACAAAUUGGUGGUUUGGAGGUUCAAGGUCUUUAUCGAGUCUCAGGAAUCCAAUCGCAUAUUCAACGAUUACGAAGCCUAUUUGAUAAAAAUCCCGAGACAGCGGACCUUUUCGCUGAAGAGGAGCUGAUAGCAGACGUCAAUAAUAUUGCGAGCUUACUGAAACUAUGGUUUCGGGAAUUACCAGACCCCUUGUUCACGAGAGCUAUGUAUUCUGAAUUUAUAAAUGCAGCAAAGAAUCCCGAUGAUAAGAGACGAGUUCUUGAACUUCACGAUCGUGUCAACCAUCUUCCCGAUCCAAAUUACAGCACCUUGAAAUACUUUAUGGGACAUCUACACAAGGUUGUUUCCAAUCAAGAUGUCAACAAGAUGACGGUGCAGAAUCUUGGCAUUGUACUGGGGCCAACAUUGAUGGGUAACCCCAUGGUAUCGCAAAGUGCACAACAAGUUGGAUCAACCAAUGUAACCACCGAUAAUG